AUGUCAGACGAUCUAUUCAAUAUAUCAUGGUUUAUGGUUUUUAUGAUGGUUAUAUUAAUUGCUUUUAUUGCUAAUAUUAUUAUUAUUUUAGCUAUAUUACGAGAUAAAUCAAUGCAUACAUCAACUUAUUUUUAUAUAAUUAAUGUUAAUAUAGCAGAUAUUCUUCUAAUAUUCAGUUGUUUACCUGAACGUAUAGCUGCAAUAUUAAGUGCGAAUGAUGGUUUUAUUUUAGGCAUGUUUACAUGCUAUUUAUUACCAUUUUUACAACAAGUAUCAAUGCAUGCAGCACUUGGAUUUUUAUUAAUAUUAACUGUACAUCGUUGUUAUCCAGCUGGUGUACCACGGUGUUUACAACGUAAUUUAAUUCGACGACAAAUUCGUAAUCAUUGUCAAACAUUAUGUCUUAUAUGGGCAUUUGCUAUAUUAAUUAAUUUGCCAUUAUUUGCAAUAACUAAAUAUGAAAAAAAUGAUAUGGUGCCAAUAGAAAAUACAACAAAUAAAUCUCAAACAAUAUCUAUACCCACUUGUGAAACAGAAGCUAAAGAAAUUUGGUCACGUACUUAUUUAAUCUUAUUGCUUGUUUUAACUUACUUAAUCACUGGUUUUUUUCUUAUUAUUAUCUAUGGCCAAGCUAUUCGAAUAAUUCUUAGUUCUAAAAAAUAUACUAAUAAAAAUAUUCAAACAAAAAAAAAUAAUGAUGAAAAUUAUCAUUUUGUUUCACGCAAUAUAAUCAAUCAAAAUAAAUUUCGUGAAACACGAGCACAUACAUCAACAUCAUCUUCAUCAUCAUCAAUCAAUUCAUCAAAUCGACGUCCACAACAAUAUUUAACAACUACACUUCCAAUAUCUAUGAUGAUACCAAUAGAAAAAACAAAAUGUUCAACUAAUUCUCAUUCAACUCAACAUCUUCAAGUUAUAAUUAUGCUUUUUGUUGUUAUAUUACUUUAUAUUCUGUUACUUUUACCAUAUCGUCUACUUAAUUUACUUUUUAUUGUAUAUAAUCAAUUAUUUCAAUAUAACUUCAUGAAUGAAACUUUAUUCCAUUGGUUACUAAAUACAGUUCGUUUACUUGUUUUUCUUAAUUGUGCCUUACAACCAAUAAUAUAUCUUGUUAUAUCAUCACGUUUACGACAAACUGUGAUUAAAUUUUUUCAAACAUGUUCAUAUAGAUAUUAUUGCCGAUGUCGAUGUUCAUUAUCAUUGAAAAAUGAACAACGUCAUAAGACUAGUAAUCGAGUUAUUCAAACAUAUUCAUGUCAAAGAUAUCCAAAUACAAGUAGUCAAACAAAUCGACAACAAAAAUUCAAUAGUGGUGAUAAUAAUUUACCUAUAAAUAAUACUCGUAUGAUUGAAUAUCAAUCUUCACCAUUAACACGUUCACAAUUUGUUACUAAUAAACUUUCAAUAAAUAAAACUCAUCAAAAUGUUAAACUUAAGAAUUCAUUGCGUAAAUAA